AUGGCUCCAACAGAUAAUGUAUUUGAUACAUUCGAGAAAUGCGGGCUUCAACUUGAUACGCACAUCAAAGAACUUCUUCAAAAAUUAGGCUAUAAAAGCUUAAGAGCCUUUGCCCAAGAAUAUCCCAUUACUCCAGAUAAAUUUGAUGAGCUGGAAGACAAUAUCCGGGAUUAUCUGGCAAAUGAAUCAAAUAUAAGCAAGCUGAAUAAAUUAGAAAAUUCAAAGGCGGCUAAAGUUGCUUUGUUUGGGGAGGUCUUCUGUGACAAUCCAUCCCAGUUUUCUUUUCUUACGGGAGAGAAGGCAUCGAUCACCUCAGCUGUAGAGCUGUGCUGGAAUAUUCUUAAGGAAAACAAAGUGCCAGCUCUAAAUUUCGCUCCUAUUUUUAAAUCCACUUCUUUGUCGAGAGUGGAUAAAACCCAACUGGCAAUUGCCGCUCCAACAAAUAAGGCACCAAGUGAAAUAUUGGGGCCGACUCCUGCAAGUUGCAAGAAACCUCUUUUGGAAGUGGUUCGCUACUGGAUGUUGAGAAACAAAAGCCAUCUUUUGACUUUGGAGGAUGUCUGUGUCUCUGAAGAGACAAAAGAGAUUGUGUGCAAUCACACAGACCAUUUGAAAGCAAUGGCAUUUAGAAUUGUACUUGAUGUCACCGGAUACUGGAAAAUUUCAAAUUUUACACGCCAUGUCAAGGACUCUCACAACAAACAAAUCCAUUGCAAUUCCGAGACCACCGAUUUCAAUGCAGUCGCAUCCACAUCUUUUCAGGCCCUUGAAACCGAAAAUAAAAAUAUCGCGGAAAAUAUAGAAUCACUGGACGAAUGCGAAUACAUACCAUCAAUUCGGGUUCCUUCACCGGAAUCAAACACUUCCCGAAAGAGUGAUAAGGAUGAAGUGAACUUAACAAAGAAAGCUUGUCCUGGACCUGGAACUUCCCAUGCGGAGCAAAAUGUCAACAAGGCAGCCACAACAUUAAAACCAGGGAACAAGCAGACUACUCUAAUACCCCCUCUUGCGGGAAAGGAUGCCGGUCCAUCAGGGAAAAAACGUCGCUUGCAAGGCUCUCGCGCAACAAAGCCCGCAACAAAGGCACCUUCGGAUUUUUAACAACCGAUGUUGCCCUGCCGCCAGGCGACAUCGGUAUAGCAGGUGUUUGGAAUUCGAGACCUAAAAGGCGGAAGAAAAUGAGAGAGAAUGCUGCUUCUAUGAAAAAUCAAUUGCGAAUCACCCAAUUUUUCGACAAUUUGGAGGAUGUUUCUGAGCUCGCCAAGGAAAAUCUAGCUUUGAGAGAAUCCCUCGCUCGUAUGGCAGAAAACUACCAGCUUUUGCAAAGCAAAAAUAUUCAUCGAGAUCAUCAAAUUACUGGAAGUGGAACAGUCCUUCAAAAAAUGAUAGAAGAAUGUCUUAAUCAAAAAAGUGUUUAAUCAAAGGGCCAUCGUUUCCAAGAUUCCGCACUGACGAAAUUUUGCAUUAAUGUUUGGAUUUUAGGUGGCAGAAAAUUGUACGAGAUUCUCAGUGCAAAUUUUAAGGGUAUAUUUCCGGCAUCAAGAUCAAUUCAAAAGAAAUUAUUGAAAUAUGAUAAUAGCGCAGCAGAAGGUGUAGUAAACGCCCACGGUUUGAAGGAGUAUCUUUCCUCGCAUGGCCUUCCCUUUGUGGUAGCAGUGUCGGAAGACGCUACGGCUGUCAUUGGGAAACGAGAGUAUUCCGCAAAGCGGAACUCGGUCGUGGGAAACAGUUUACCCCUAGGAAAACGCGGACUGCCUAAUGCUGAAGAUGCCAUUGUUACAAGCGCAGUUGACAUAAUAAAAUUAAUGGAACGCCCACGGGCUUCCGUUGUCUUCGUUGUAAUGGCCCAGCCGAUUGCAGACGGCUUUCCUCCAAUGCGAAUCUGCACGUUUGGAAGUGACAACAGGUUUACGUACAAAGACGUUCAAAAUAGGCUUUCUGCAAUAGAAGCCGCUCUCAAAGCGCAUGGGAUAGGUAUCCUUACCUAUAGUUCCGAUGGUGACACCAGAGAACUGAAAAUGAUGCGCCAACAUUUACAACUUGGAACGGUUCCAACCACAACUUGUUUUGGAAAAAGCUCCACAUGGUUUGUGGCCGAAUUAGUGUCAUCUUGCAUCCCUGUGCAAGACAUUAUUCACGAAGGCGCAAAGUUACGAACAAGAUUUUUGAAGAGCCUCCCGCAAAGUAAAUUGAUUAUGCCUUUUGGCGACAAAAUCGCCACGCCAUCGCAUAUCAUCUCUUUGAUGGAUUUUGUAACCAAAGAUCAACAUGGACUGAGAGAAGGGGACAUCUUGUUGGAGGACAAGAUGAAUUACGAUGCUGUUUUGCGUAUCUGCCGCCCCGAGGUACAAGAUUUGCUUACGAAGCAUGUUAGUGGGUCGGAGGGCACCUGCUUUUACCUCAAACUGAUCCAGUAUAUUUUAUCCUCAUACCUCGACAAAGGUUUGAUACCCUCUGUGAGGGUUUAUAGGAUUUGGUUUGUGGUAUUUAGUUUUCGGUAUUGGAGGUUUUGGCUGAAAUGCGAUAACACCUAUCCGCUUCCAACAGCAUUUAUCUCCCUUAAUGCCUACUUAUGCGUUGAAAUUGUUGCGCAUUCCUUAAUCAUAAUCAUUUUAAAACUGCGCGCUGACGGAACCCCGGAUUUGUUUAUGCCGUGGCUUUUUAGCAGCCAACAAUGUGAGUCUUAUUUUAAAGCACUCCGAUCAUACAGACAUACACUCCAGUGGGAUCGACACAGACAAACUUCACCGUGUUGGAUGUAUUGGACGAAAGAGGACCAAAGGUCGAUGGGAAUAUAAGAAUAACGGCAGAAGGAAAUAGUGACCACAUCAUUUACCCCAGGUUCAUGAAGCUUUUAGAACGAAUGGGUGGAACCGCAACAGCAAUAAAAUGCCAAAAACUUCCAGACGCGGCAGAAAUUGGGGAGAUCAUUAAAGCAGCCCGCACGGACGCGGAGCAUCAGUUGAACAAACUGGGCGUCUAUAGUAAAGGGAAAAAUCGAUUUGACUUUGACAGUAGUCUUAAAGCUGUUUCGACUACAAAUGAUCAAGGAGACGCGGACAGUUGUUACGCGGACGACCAAGCUGAAGAGCCUGAAGCCCGCCCUGAAAGGCCUGACUUUCAUGAAGAGGAGGAUAUGCCUGACAGUCACGACCUGGAUGUGCUCCGCUCCAUCCACGAAGCAGAAUUUCGUGAUUAUUCUUCUAAAUUGAUCAACGCAAAAAAGACUGCAAUGUCGCAUCAUUUUUUGAAUAUUCCGGGUUCUACUGGAGCGAUGCGCUUAGUUAGAAAGUCCACAAUUGUUUGGUUUUGUGAAAACAACGUCAGACGACUCAGUAACGACAGAAAUUUCCGCGUCAGGAGUUCUAUACCUCAUGCGCAACGCAAGAAAAUGGCUGUAAAAGUCAUUGAAAGAAGAGACAGCGUGAAAAUUGGAGAUUGGGGAAUAUUCAAAACUUGUCCGGAUAGCUUUGUGCUAAGUGACAUCUCUGAAGAUUUUCUUCUCGGAAGGGCGAUUUCGUUUUCUCAUCUAUCACAGGCAAACCGAAAGCCCGAUAGUGUGAUCUGGGAAUGGGACGAAGGAGCGACCGAUGUUGGGGUUCUGUGUGAUUGGUACUCCCUCAGUAAAGAGGGAUGUACGUUCACGGGAUCAAUGAAGCAGCUGUCUGUUUAUUCCCACGGCUUUUAUGAUUGCCGUAAUUAUGUAUGCAGCGUCCCACCACCCGCAUUCGACGGAGAAGUCCUUAUGUACGACAAGGCAACCGCCUACGAGCUGGGAAUAUUUUUGGGAAACAUUUUGUAAUAUCUGCAUUUAUGGUUGAAUAAA